UUUCUCCAGUUAAUAAUUCGUCAUCAGAGAGAUCGGAAAGCUAGAAGGGCGAAGGCGGUGCGUCCGUUAUUAGGUUUUUCCGAAGGGGGGAGAGGGGCAGAGAGAGAGAGGCGCCAUGGAUGAGAGCUUCGAGGUGCGGGUGAAGCGGCUCUUCGGCUCCCGGCUAUUCGAUUCCGUCCCCGGGAGCUCCUUCCCGGCGUCUUCCUGGUCCGUUUCCGACGGCGAGGUCGCGCGCAGCGAGUGGAACCGGGAGCGCGGGGCCGGCCACGACCGUGACGAGACUCCUUGCUCGUCUGCCUUCGCAGAGGGUGGAUGCUUCGCGAAGAAGCUCAAGAACGCGAGGUAUCCCAAGAAGGAUCAGUUCGAAGACGAUCUCGACGAGUUAGAUGACGGCGAUGAUGAUGGUGGUGGCGGAGGAGGGGAAGAUGGCGGGGAUGAUGUGGAUAGAGAGGAGAGAGAGAUCAGGUCUUCCAUCGGAAUGGAUCCAACCCUAGAUAACGAGGAUGAAGAGGAUGAAUACGACAGAGCAGCGAUCGGCAUGGAGAAUGCUGGAGAUCGGCUGUAUAUGAGGGAUGUCACAGAUCAUGGUCCUCGCAUAAACUUCCACACCCUAGGUCCUGAUUUUCCUGAGGAUUCAUACGAGGAGAUGCAUGAUUUUCGUAGGGAUCCACGUGCAGAUCACUUUGCUGCAAGUGCAAGGCUCAAAGAAGACAAGAAAGCUGCAGUUAACUGCCAUCCCCUUCGUAGUCAUGAUUGCAGAGAGCCAGCUGUAGAUUUACAAGUUAAGAUAGCCAAGGAUGAUACCAAUUUAAAGCCCAUCCUGAAAAGAAAAGAGGAGCAGGACGAUUCAAAGCCCAAAAAGCGUGUUAGGUUUGAUCCUGGAUGUAAAGAUGUCCAUGCUGAGGUGAAUGAAGAAUGUGAUGGCCUUCACAUGUUCCCAGAGUCUAUGAAAACGACUGCAGCCACUGAAGAGUCCCUUGGGAUUCCUGAUUAUAUAAGAAAUCCCUCCAAGUAUAUCCACUAUACUUUUGACUCAUCAGAGGAAAUUGAUGACAAAACUAACAGGCAGGCUUUUGCAGAGUUUUGUAAUUUGGUGAAGAGGUCAAACCCUGAUCAGAUGCAGCCUGAGUUUCCCGGGGACCUUCCAAAGUCUGUGACGUUCACCCCUCGAAAGAAGUCAGGUGAUGCUAUGUCAGUGGAUGAUAGCUCGCAAAAUACUCGGGACUCUUCUAGAGAGUUAGGUCAGGUAUCAGCUUGUUCCACAGGCAUUGCUGCAAGGGACCAAGAGAGUGAUGCAUGUGAUAUGGAGGAAGAUGGUAUGGAAGCAUCUACGGCAGUAGCCAGUAUCAGCUCAAGGAAGGCAGGUCGCAUGUACCGGACAAAGUCAACCUCAGAUGAUUCUACUUGAUUGUUGCUGUACUGAACUGGUGUUGGCUGAUGCUGGCAAUCUGGGAUGUCAUCAUCAGCAUGUUAGAUCACAGGGCUGAGAUAUCCAUUAUGUAAAAUAUAUAAGCUUUUUUUUUUUUUAGUUUGGGGGG